CAUUUAAGUGAAAUAAGUGAUCUCUUCUUCUUCUUUUUGGUGUCUACUCGUUGGAUUCCAUUUUUCUGUUUUGAGACUAAACUUGUUUAAAACAUUUUGUAAAGCAUAGUUUCUAUAGUUGUGCAGUUUUUUCUGUUUUAGGCUAAAGUUGUUUAAAGCAUAGUUUCUAUUUGUGCAAUUCAGUGUGUGUUAUUAUGAUGAACCACAAAUUCAUGGAAUUUCAAUCAAAAAGAAGAAGAAAAAAAAACAAAAUUAAUACUCAAAGAAGCACAGCACGCACGGUUUCACGUUUUUGCUUUCUCUUUCUCGAUCCCUCUCUCUCAAAAUCGCUGUUCCUCUCUCACCCACCGCCACUGGCCGCCGCUCUCAAUCCCUCUCUCACUGCUCUCAAUCUCUCUCCCUCACCUCGCCGUAACGCCGUUCAAUCUUCCGCCGCAGCCGACCACUGCUCAGCUCACCGCACCACACCGCACCGCACUCACUCUUUCUCUUCGUCUCGUUUCAGGUAAGCAAACUAACAUACUGCAAUUAAUUUUUAACAACCUAACCUUCUCAAUCUAGAAUCUUUGUUUGAUGAUUUGGUGUUGUUUUGAAUUUUAAAUUUAUUAAGCUGUUUUGAUUGUUAAGUGAUUAUAUAAAUAAGCUGUUUUGGUUAUAUAAAUAAGUAGUUUUGGUUGGUUCUGCAAUAGUGUUUUUGUUCUAAAAUAGUGAGAAUGAAGGGUUUUUGUUCUAAAAACUAUUUGAUUUCAUGAUGCCUCUUGUUGUAAACUAACUUGGUGAUUUUCUACUUUGUGAUAUUAUUGUCAUCGUAACUGCAACUAAAACUUUGUUUAAUUGUGGACAUUUGUGUUGUGUUCACUUUGAUGGAUCAAAAUCACCUUUGUUGAUGAAGCACUUUCUUUCUUUUAUAAGCUGAUGACAAACCUUGUAUUCUUGAUCUCAGUUUGAUCUUAUACACAAUAUUAAAUAAGAAUAAGAUAGUCUUGUGAUAUUUGUAUUCAGUUUGAAAUGUAGUCUCGUUGAUCAGAUAUCAGUUUCUUUCUCACAGUUGUUUGUUAUGGAUUUCUUUCAUUAGGGGAAAUUACAUUAUAUUAUGUUGAUUUCAUAAUUGACCAAGCCUUACAAUAGGCAUACUACAAGUGUAUAUUGUGAAGAAUAUUUUCUUUUGCAUAAAAAGAGAAGUACUAAUGUAAUUUAAAUAUGUUUUUGAAUUGCAGAAACAACUUUGUCUUUUAAAUAUUAUUGUAUCUAGAAAUUUGGUUGAUAAAAUUCCCUCCAAAAUUUUGCCUAGGCUCUCUAAUAUUACUGGAAUCGCCACUGAUUCCAAUUCACCAUAAUUCUUUUUCUCUUCUCUUCACUCUUGAUGGUUAAUUACUCAUAUAAGCAAAGCUAUCUCCUAGUCUAAAAGUGUUCAUGGGUAAAGAUUUUGGAGUUAGGGUUAUUGCUCUAAGAAAGGAGAAGAAUAUCCAUCUCUUGAAAGUUGGUCAUUUAUAUUCUUUGAGAUUCGAUGAAAAUUGCUCCGGUGGUCAUUCCGGAAGGCAUUGCUAGGAACGGAGUUGAUUCGUCAUAGUUAUUCAAAGUCAACUGAAUAGAAAGCUUCUAUCAGAGUUAAAGAUUUGUCAAUGUCACUCUUUUGGUAGGCCUUCUUGAUGAACAACUAUUUUGUAUAUGUAUAUUUGGAGUUGAUCGAGUAUCUGCAGCUAUUUUGAGUCUAGGAAUAUCUUGUUUUGAAAUGUAUAAAUUUAAACAUGUAUAUUUUGAAAAUUUUGACUGAAUGAUGUAUAUGCUGCAAACAGGAUUUAUUCUGAUUUGGAAACAUUGAAAAUACAGAUGAGACAUUGUCGAAAUUUCAGUAAAAUUGUUCUAAAGUAAAUAGUCAUUUGGAAAUAAUAUAUUUAUUGUUUGUUAAAUUCGGUCAUUAGGCUUGCCGGACUAGUAUUAGUUCGUGCGCCGGUCACGAUUGGAAUUGGGUCGUGACAGCUUGAUUCCGUGAUUUUUGCUUCAGGUAAGCAGAUCUUGAUUUAUGUUGAUUUUUAAGCUUGUUGUUUGAUGACUGGUGAAUGAUGAUGAGUGAUUGUUAAGCUGUUUUGAUUUUAGUGAUUGUUAAGUUGUUUUGAUUGUUAAGUGAUUAUAUAAAUAAGUUGUUUUGAUUGUUAAGUUGUUUGACUGAUUCAGAUUGUGUAUUUUAAGCUUUGAGUUUUUGAUUUUGAGUUAAUGCAUAAUUAGUAGUUUUGAGUUACUGCAUAAUUAGUAGUUUUUUAUUGUUAAUUGAUUAUUGUUGGCUCUUUUGUUCUUCUACUGCAUAAUUAGUAGUUUUGAGUUGAUGCAUAAUUAGUAGUUUUUGAUUGUUAAGUUGUUAAGUGAUUAUUGUUGGCUCUUUUGUUCUACUGCAUAAUAAUAAGGAGGUUUUGUGCACUACUAAUUAUUAAUUUCACUUUGUUAUUAUGAUGAAUGACAAAUUCAUGGAAUUUCAACAAUCAAGAAGAAGAAAAAGAAAGAAGAAGAAGAAGAAGAAGAACGACGAUGAUUCGCUUUGGUUUGUUCCUUUCAAUUGGAACAUCUAUUUUCAUCGUGUUGGCUUAUUUCUUGAGCCGACACUUAGUAGUCAGAGUAUUGAUUUCCGAAGCUGACAAGGUGAUCCAUUUACCUGAUCAGCCGGAGGUUGACUUCCAACAGUUUGCUGGCUACAUUACUGUUGAUGAAAUCAACCAAAGGAACCUCUUCUACUAUUUUGUAGAAUCUGAGGUUGAUCCUGUAUCAAAACCUGUAGUCCUAUGGUUAAAUGGAGGACCUGGUUGUUCUUCUAUUGGUCAAGGAGCAUUUACUGAGCAUGGUCCUUUCCAGCCCACCAGAAAGGGUGGUCUAGUAAAAAAUCAGUACAGCUGGAACCGAGCGGCAAACAUGCUGUAUUUGGACUCUCCGGCCAGUGUUGGUUUCUCCUACUCCACCAACAAAUCCUUUUAUGAUUUGCUGAACGAUGAACUGACAGCACGUGAUAACCUUGUAUUUCUUCGUGGUUGGUUCACCAAAUUCCCACAAUACAAGGACAAUGACUUCUUUAUCACAGGGGAGGACUAUGCAGGUCACUUUGCUCCACAACUUGCACACCUCAUUCUCCAAGGCAAAACCAAGAUCAAUCUUAAAGGGAUUGCAGUGAGUACGAAUAUAAACCUGGUUAUAUAUAUAUAUAUAGUAUAUAUUUCAAAAGAAUUUCACUGGCUCCCAUAUUUAUAUUUGCAGAUAGGCAAUCCUCACCUAGAAUUCAACACAGAUACCAAUUCCAAAACAGAUUUUUUAUGGGCUCAUGGGUUGAUUUCUGAUAAAACAUAUGGGAUGUUGCUGAAACUUUGCAAUUAUUCCCAGAUCAGUAGGGAAUAUCGAAAUCUGACAACUGAGAGCAACAUCUGUCGUAAAGUGGCUAUUCAAGUGGCAAAGGAGAUUGGUGCUGUUGUCGAUUAUUCUUACAUCAGGGAUGAUAUUUGCUCUCAGACAAAACAACAACUGCAAGGGGAACAAAAGAGGGAUGCUUGUGUGGAACGUGAAACACACACCUAUUUGAAUAGGAAGGAUGUCCAUAAAGCACUUCACGCCGUACUCGUUGGUAUCAACAAAUGGUCUUCCUGCUCCGGUUUUUUAACAUAUGACGUGCAAAAUUUGGAUAUCCCAACUAUAUCUCUUCUCGGGUCACUUGUUAGAUCAGGUGUAAGAGUAAUGGUGUAUAGUGGAGAUCAAGAUUCAGUGGUACCAUUUAUGGGGACACGAUCUCUAGUAAAUCGAUUAGCCGAGGAGAUCGGAUUCAAGACAUCACAGCCCUAUAGAACAUGGUUUGUGGGGAAACGGGUUGCUGGAUGGAAUCAAGUAUAUGGGGAUAUCCUUACAUUUGCAACCGUAAGGGGGGCAGGUGGUGCAGCUCCAGCUACUCAACCUGAGAGUUCGUUGGUGUUGUUUAAAGCCUUUUUGGAAGGAAAACCACUUCCAAAUAAUCAUUGAAAGGCAAUAUGUUAAUUUUUAUAAAGCAUGAUGGAGGCGAUCGAUCGAAUCACGAAAAGAAUGACCUCUGAUAGUAUGUUUCCAGAUGCUACAUAUCUUGUGUUCGUUGGUAUAUAAUCAAUUGAUAGAAUUUGUGUUACAUGUACCAAAAAAAAAAGAAUUUGUGUUAACUUAUUAGUAUUAAUCAGUUUGUUGGUGUUAGAAUAAUUUCACCAUGCAUGACUUUGUGUUAACUUAUUGAUAAUCAGUUAAAAGGAGUGUGUUAAUUAUUACUACUAUAAAUGCUUUUAUUAUUAUAAAGUGUUGGAGUUUUUGUUAA